AUGAAUUACCUUUGGUUAGUAGUGCCUCAAGGAACCAUUUUGAUCUCCAGUACUAUUGUUCUUUCUAUUCAAAAAGCUUAUUUUCAUCGCUUGAACAAAUGUCAGGAAGCAAAUCAAGCUCAAACAUCUCCUUACAAGGAAGAUUUAGUGAGAAAAGGAUCAUUUUCUAACCGAAAGCCAUUGAUUUGUAUUCAUAUUGAAGCGCUCUUAAUGACUAUACUCUCUGCUUAUGUUCUUGUACAUAAGGUUCAACAUAGAGAUACAAUGAUUUCCAUUAUAAGCUCCUUGGUUGAACUCGGUGUUUGGCUUUAUUGUGUUGUUCUUUCAUUGGUAUUUUGGCAGUACUUGUUGUCACAUAAAUUUGGAUGGACGCUGAAUGUUCAUAUGCGUCUUCUUUUUAUUGUACAAUGUAUUGCUUUGGUCAUAAGAGCAUUGAAUUCAGAAAUGGCAUUUGCUUUAUGGAUACUGGUCUUGAUUGGGUUUAAUUUGGUCUAUUUAACAUCAAACAUGAAGCAAGGUUCUCCUUUUCUUGAUCAAGAUGGUCGAGUGGUCUCGCUACAGACAGUAAAAUCUUUGGUUGGAAACCUGUUCUUUUCAUGGCUUACACCCCUAGUGAACACAGUCAAUUCGAAAGGAAAGGAUACAACAGACACUGAUUUGCCUGUUUUACCUGCAUUUAGCAGGGCCCAUAACCUAUUUUACGUAUUUCGUCAUACCAAUGCCAAAAAGAGUCUGUUGGAUCGUAUAUUCUUAGUCAACAAGAGAGCAAUUACUCUUCAGUUUUCGCUUGCUGUCUUGACUGGUGUCGUACAAUUUGGACAACCUGUGUUUCUCAAGAUGAUACUGUUACAUAUUCAACAUAUGGAAGAAUGGGAUAAACAGUGGUUCAUGCUGGAUGUUUUUUAUGUGUUUAUGAUGGCAGUAUGUGGUGCAGUGGAUAAUCUGUUAACUGCUCAGUUAUGGUUUGUUGGUAAUAUGAAUUGA